AUGUCAACAAUCCAACCACCCCCUCUAACCACCACCACCACCACCACCACCAACAAAAAACCACACACCAUCCGUUUCCCCAUCUCCUCCACCCAAAUCCCCACCCUGAAUUCCAACCAUACGCACCCCCAUCCGCACCGCCAUCCACCCUCCACGCUCCUCCAUCAACCCUCAGACUCUCCCAAACGAUCAAUCUCAUAUACCGCAACGCCAACUGGUACUCCCGUCCCCUCCCCAACUACCAUCGUGAACGCCACUGCCACUGCCACGGCCACGGCAGGUAACAGUGGGAGCGGGAGUGGGAGCGCCACCACAGCCCGCCAGAAAGAAAAACACGAUGACUUGACCUGCGAUCAUAAAGUGAAAGGAGCGUUGACGGAGCUGCUGAAUGACGGGUCCGUGAAGGCAGAUGAGCGGGGGAGGCGGUCGGUGCAGCGGUUUUUGAUGGAGACGGAGCGGGAAUUGAGGACGCAGCGGAGGGAGAGUUUGGGUGCGAAAGGGAAGGGGAAGGGGAAGCCUAGGGGGAGGACGAUAGGGGAGGAGAUGGGGGUGGGUUGGAAGGGGCCUGGGAAUGGAUCCAUCGUGAAGAGAGCUGAUGAUGAGGAUGGAGGGAAGGAGGGAGGUGACGAGAAGGGUUGA